AAUGCAGUAACCACGUCAUCCGAACAAAGUGUAACAACUGCACAAGAUCAGACCACAACGGCCGCCACUGUGUCGACUGUUUCAGAUGCGGCAGAAGAGAAUGCAGUAACCACGUCAUCCGAACAAAGUGUAACAACUGAACAAGAAGAGACCACAGCGAGCACCACUGCGUCGACUGUUUCAGGUGCGGCAGAAGAGAAUGCAGUAACCACGUCAUCCGAACAAAGUGUAACAACUGCACAAGAACAGGCCAUAGCGGCCACCACUGCGUCGACUGUUUCAGGUGCGGCAGAAGAGAAUGCAGUAACCACGUCAUCCGAACAAAGUGUAACAACUGCACAAGAAGAGACCACAGGGGCCACCACUGCGUCGACUGUUUCAGAUACGGCAGAAGAGAAUACAGUAACCACGUCAUCGGAACAAAACUUAACAACUGCACAAGAAGAGACCACAGCGGCCACCACCGCGUCGACUGUUUCAGAUGCAACAGAGCAGGAUGAAGCAACCACGUCAUCUGAACAAAGUGUAACAACUGCACAAGAAGAUACUGCAACGUCCACCACUUCGUUGCCUGUGAACUCAGAAUCGUCGGAAGCUCCUCACUCAUCAGUGUCUGAUUUCAUGAAGAAGGAAUGGGAUUGGUGGUUGAGGUGGUCUGAAAACUGUAUGACUGAUUUUAUUGAAAAGUGGUACACUUGGAACAGUGAAGUAGCAAAUCAGUGCAAUAUGCGAAAGGUAUGA